AUGAUAGGCAACUGAUACAAGGUCCAAUGACGUCUGACUACGAUGAUAGAUUAUAGAUUAUAGAUUAUAGAUUAUAGAUUGAAAUUUAUGCUCAACUUCUCAAAAACCAGUGCCAGUAACAACUUCAUGCAUACGAGUAUGAUGAGUACCGUAAUCAUUAUUUAAAGGUUAAUAGUGUUUCGAAGGAGCACAUUGAUCACUGAUAUUACUAUCAGACCGACAUUUGAUAAAUUCGUAUCGAGGCGCAUUAUCUUCGAACAUUUUUGGUUGCUUUGUAAGGUUUAAGGGAAUCGGAUCUCACCUGUCUGUCAAAGCUUAAAUCCGUGGUUUGUCCCCGUACCCAUCAGAACAAAACCUUUCAACCUCUGCCACUUCCAUCAUUGAUUGUGUUACAGAACGAAUGAAUUAUUCUUCCAUACACAAAUAUCACCACCUCUGAAACCUCUGUCGUCUAUCGAAAGAGGGAUUCAGUACACAAAGUAUACAAAUCUAUCACGUAUCGGUCAUGGUCGUUAGCUCAUCGCAGAGCAUCCUCAAGACAGGCUCCUUCUCUGGUUUCCGCGCAUUGCAGGAGCAGCUUGGUAGCGGAUAUCUUACGGCGGAUAAAUCUAGAUCACAGCCGCUAUGCGGUAACAAGGAGGGAUGGGGUCCACUGAGCCCUCAUCGUUAUGACUUUACACCAUGUUUUAUGGAUGUUUGGGUGAGCUCUGUCGCGGCUUUUGGAAUAUUGGGAGGUGCUAUAGCCAUAUGGUGGCUGGUAAGAAAGAAGACCACGGCAGAAGUUAAAAAGGAUUGGCAUUUCUGGCUCAAGCAGGUAUGAUUUUCUCAUGAUUUAAGUUUGCGAGUUUGGGAAAAUGAAGUGGUUGGAAAAAAGCUUAUGCGGCGGUCAAUAGGCCAUUCUAAUGGGAAUCAUAAUCUCAGUCGCAGCACAACUCGUUAUACAAGUACUCAACUAUCCUGAUGUCUGGGCGGGCGAUUUCCGAUUCUGGACCAGUCUUUUACAAAUCGCAUCUCUUGGUGUUGUGUUUAGCAUACAAUGGCUCGAACAUACCCGAUUGCGGAAUCCAAACGGUGUUGUACUCUUCUAUUGGCUCUUCCUCAAUAUCGCAUACACUGUCAAGUUAAGAUCAUUGAUAUCCCAACAAAUAUACCACGAGCAUCUUCCAUACUUCAUCGCAUACUGUGUUGGAUUCGGGUUAUCGUUGAUUGAAUUUGGUUUGGAGUGGCUUGUGCCAAAGAAGCAGAGUGUAUAUUCGGCAUUGGAGGAUGAAGACGAAUGUCCUGUCGAGUAUGCCACCGUAUUUUCGAUCCUCACGUUCGGUUGGAUGACCCCUAUGAUGAAACAAGGCUACAAGAAAUAUUUGACAGAGGAUGAUUUGUGGAAUUUGGCCAAAAGGGACACCACGAAAGCAUGCAGCGAAACAUUUGAGGAGUCUUGGGAAUAUGAGAUUGAACAUAAGAAAAAUCCAUCUCUUUGGGUCGCUAUCUUCAGAUCUUUCAGUGGACCAUAUUUCCGUGGCGCUCUUUUCAAGACGGUCAGUGAUUCGCUCGCCUUCAUCCAGCCACAACUUCUCAAGUUGUUGAUCAAAUGGGUCAAGUCACGUUCGAGCGAUGAGCCCCAACCUGUCAUUCGAGGAGCAGCUAUAGCUCUAGCUAUGUUCUCUGUUUCUGUAGGACAAACUAUGGCCUUACAUCAAUACUUCCAAAGGGCCUUCGAAACUGGUAUGCGUAUCAAGACAGCCUUGACGGCAGCAAUCUAUAAAAAGUCACUCAAAUUAUCCAAUGAAGGAAGAGCUAGCAAGUCUACUGGAGAUAUUGUCAACUAUAUGGCUGUUGAUACACAAAGAUUACAAGAUCUCACCCAAUAUGGUCAGCAAUUAUGGUCCGCUCCAUAUCAAAUUUUUCUAUGCAUGAUAUCUUUAUAUCAGCUAGUCGGAUUAUCCAUGUUAGCUGGUGUCGCCGCCAUGAUUCUUAUGAUCCCCAUCAAUGGCCUAAUCGCUCGUCUGAUGAAGAAGUUACAACAGGAACAAAUGAAGAAUAAGGAUUCUCGAACAAGACUGAUCGCCGAGAUCAUCAACAACAUGAAGAGUAUCAAGCUUUAUGCUUGGAGCUCCGCUUUUAUGGCCAAGUUGAAUUUUGUAAGAAAUGACCAAGAGCUGAAGACUUUACGAAAGAUUGGUGCUGCUCAAUCAGUUGCCAAUUUCACCUGGUCUACUACCCCAUUCUUGGUCUCUUGCUCGACAUUCGCCGUGUUUGUGUUGACUAAUGAAAGCCCACUAACUACUGAUAUUGUGUUUCCUACUUUGACUUUACUCAAUUUGUUGACAUUCCCAUUGGCAAUUCUACCCAUGGUCAUUACCUCCAUCAUUGAGGCUUCUGUCGCCGUCAAGCGCUUGACAUCUUUCUUCACAGCUGAAGAGUUGCAACCCGACGCCGUCAUCUUGAAGGGCCCCAUUGAGGAUGAUGGUGAAGAGUCUCUAACAAUCCGAGAUGCAUCCUUCUCAUGGGACAGAAACUCGGACCGCCAUGUAUUGCAAGAUAUUCAUUUCUCUGCACACAAAGGAGAACUCACCUGUAUUGUCGGCCGAGUUGGAGCAGGGAAGUCAUCUUUCUUACAAGCACUUCUUGGGGAUCUUUGGAAAGUCAAGGGACAGGUAGUAGUUCACGGAAAAACGGCUUAUGUAGCACAACAGCCGUGGGUUAUGAACGCUAGUGUUAAAGAAAACAUCCUCUUUGGUCAUCGUUUUGACCCUACCUUUUACGAUAAAACUGUAAAGGCUUGUGCACUCACAGAUGACUUUGCUCAAUUGCCGGAUGGUGAUGAAACUGAGGUCGGGGAGCGUGGUAUUUCCUUGAGUGGAGGUCAAAAAGCACGAUUGACUUUAGCAAGAGCGGUCUACGCCAGAGCUGAUGUAUAUCUACUUGACGAUUGUUUAUCCGCUGUCGAUCAACAUGUUGGUAGACAUUUGAUUGAUAAUGUCUUUGGUUCAACUGGAUUACUCAGCGGAAAGACUAGAGUUCUCGCUACAAAUUCAAUUCCGGUUUUGAAAGAGGCAAAUCUUAUUUGCUUGAUUCGAGAUAACAAGAUCAUCGAGCGCGGUACAUAUGAUCAGGCCAUCGCCAGAAGAGGAGAAAUCGCAAACUUAAUUAACACAUCCGAGAACAAAGACGUGUCCACAGACUCUGAAACCACUGAAGCCAGUGAUUCUUCAACCAUACUUGACUAUGAGCAGCCUGGAGAAGAGGAGGAAAAGGACGAGGCCGAGGAAGCUCAAGAACAUUUGACACAACUCCAACCAAUCAGACCUGGAGGAUCAGGCUUCAAAAAGAGGAAGGGAAGCUCUAAUACAUUAAGACGUGCCAGCACAGCUAGUUUCAGAGGCCCCAGGGGCAAGCUUCGCGACGAGGAAGAUCCACUGAAAUCCAAACAAGGCAAGGAACAUUCUGAACAAGGAAAGGUCAAAUGGGAUGGUAGGCAAACACAAAUCCACAACUAUGACAAGAAAUAUUAAUUUUAACUAGUGUAUGCUGAAUAUGCUAAGACUAGCAAUCUUGCGGCAGUGUUAAUUUAUUUAGCUAUGUUGGUUGGUGCACAAACGGCACAGAUCAGUGGGUUCCCUCUUUUCCCUCCCACCUGACGUGCUUUUACUAAUUCUCCACAGGUGGCAGCGUAUGGCUCAAAAGCUGGGCUGAGGCCAAUGACAAACUUGGUAUUAACAGAGAUGUCGGCAAGUAUAUUGGUGUGUACUUUGCUUUUGGCAUUGGGUCUGCAGCUCUUGUUGUCGUCCAAACAUUGAUCUUGUGGAUCUUUUGUUCUAUCGAGGUAUGACUUCCCGGCGGGGCAGCGGGUUCCCGCAUUAUGCAGAAGCAGCUACGGAAUCUAACAUAUUACUCAUUCAGGCCUCGAGAAAGCUGCAUGAGCGAAUGGCUUUUGCCAUUUUCCGAUCCCCUAUGUCCUUUUUUGAAACUACUCCAGCUGGUCGAAUUUUAAAUCGCUUUUCAAGGUAUGUUGGCAAUAAUUUCUCUUCCUAUAUGUUUGUUUGUAGCAGAUAUUUGUGAUUGGUGUAGUCUGCCGGCACCCUUUCUAAGAGUAUUACCCCGUAUCUUGGGCUGCACUGGUGCAUGAUGCAUAUGCGACUUGAAUCAUAUCCAGGCUUCAAUUUAUUGCUUGAAUGCUGUGUUACAUUUCAUCCCGAGGUCGGAUUUGUACAGGCCACUAGCUAACGAGAGCAAAUUUAGUGAUGUUUAUCGAAUAGAUGAAGUAAUUGAAGUAUAACCCUAUGUUUUAACAAGCUCUAAUCCGUAUUAGGUACUUGCGAGAACAUUUAACAUGCUUUUCGUUAACACAGCUCGGGCAUUGUUUACGCUGGUCGUCAUAUCUGUCUCUACACCAGCCUUUAUCGCCUUGAUCAUCCCGCUGUCAGGCGUGUAUUACUGGGUGCAGCGUUAUUAUCUCCGUACUUCCCGUGAGCUGAAGCGCUUGGAUAGUGUCAGCCGAAGUCCAAUUUAUGCUCAUUUCCAGGAGUCCCUUGGAGGAAUCGGCACGAUCCGAGCUUAUCGGUAAGAAAUGACAGACGCUCCCGUUUGCCUAACCCACCAACUCGGUUUUUGAAGUUUGAAGCCUCGGAAACGGAGAUUAUUCAAUACAAGUCAGGAUACUAAUUUGUCCAUGCUUUAGUCAACAACAACGAUUUACACAAGAAAAUGAAUGGAGAGUAGACGCUAAUUUGAGAGCCUACUUCCCAUCUAUCAAUAGUAACCGGUAUGUCAUGCCCGCCUUUUGUAACUCUGUACUUUGAUCCACACUCCAUGAUCAGACACACGUGAUUAGUGAUCACCUAGAAGUAAAACUAUUUCUUCAUGAGUCAGUUACUCAGGCACAGACCAAUUACUUGGUAUCCCAGAAUAUUGGAACGUUACAUUAGACUGACAUCAUUGACAUGCAGAUGGCUUGCCGUAAGACUCGAGUUUCUCGGUUCACUCAUUAUCUUAUCUGCCGCCGGAUUCGCCAUCGUGACUGUAAGUACUGGUGGUGAUUUGUCCUCUGGUCUUGUCGGACUAGCAAUGUCAUAUGCUCUUCAAAUCACACAAUCCUUAAAUUGGAUUGUUCGUCAAACUGUUGAAGUGGAAACAAAUAUCGUGUCUGUUGAACGUGUUCUAGAGUACGCUAGAUUACCAAGCGAAGCUCCAGAAGUAAUUCACAGACAUCGUCCACCAAUCAGUUGGCCUGCAUCGGGAGGAGUAAACUUCAAUAACUACAGCACACGAUACCGCGAAGGUUUAGACCUCGUGCUCAAGAAUAUUAACCUUGACAUUAAACCACAUGAGAAGAUUGGGGUUGUUGGUCGAACAGGUGCAGGGAAGUCUAGUUUAACAUUAGCCCUAUUUCGGAUUAUUGAGCCGAGCGAAGGUAACAUUAGCAUUGAUGCAUUGAACACGUCAACAAUAGGGCUACUUGACUUAAGGCGUCGACUGGCGAUUAUCCCACAAGAUGCGGCUCUUUUUGAGGGUACCGUUCGAGAUAAUCUUGAUCCAGGUCAUGUCCAUGAUGAUACAGAGCUGUGGAGUGUACUAGGUGAGUGUUACCCUAGGCGAAGAUACUCGGCGUUGUUUGUGGAAUAUGAGUGAUCAUAUGUUGCAAGCGGCGUGUAAUACCAACAUCUUAACUAACCAAUCUUCCUCAUAGAACAUGCAAGGCUAAAAGAUCACGUCUCGACUAUGAAUGGUGGUUUGGAAGCCAAAAUUCAAGAAGGGUUCGUAACACAUUUUCCUUAUCAUAAGCUGAACCUAUUUCCGCUGUCACCUUCUUGUUUCCAUAUUUUCCAUUCGCCCUUUCUGCCCUACCUUUCACCACGUUACUGCCCAACAAAAAAUAACCAUCACAUGGCAUUUUUCGCGUUAUCUUUAAGUUUUGAUUUGCAAUUUUUUAUUGCAUCGUUUACCUUUCAUUGAAGAUACCUUUUAUUUCACGCAUUUCCUUCCUGCUCUAAAAUCUCACCGAAAUUACCACCACCACCACAAUGCUACCUUUAGCAACACAAGAAUUAUCAAGUGUCCUAACACAAAAUAUCGCACAAUUCCUCAAGCCCUGUUUUUAGGAAAGAAAUAAGCUAAUCGGGUCUUCUUUCGUGUAGCGGAUCCAAUCUUUCUCAAGGUCAACGACAACUUGUCUCCCUCGCACGAGCACUCCUCACUCCAUCCAAUAUUUUAGUACUAGAUGAAGCUACGGCAGCAGUGGAUGUCGAAACGGAUGCACUUUUACAGACAACGUUAAGAAGUCCACUGUUUUCAAAGAGAACCAUCAUUACGAUCGCUCAUCGGAUUAAUACGAUUUUGGAUAGUGAUCGUAUUGUAGUGUUGGAACAGGGACAGGUCAAGGAAUUUGAUAGUCCGAAGAAACUGAUGGAGAAGAGGGGAUUAUUUUGGAAGUUGGUUAGGGAGGCGGGCUUGGAGGCGUCGGUUAGGUAGUGUAUGUGUUUGAGGUGGCAAAUUUUGGUUCAAGGGGCUAGAGAGGGCUUGUUCCAGGCUGGAUAAUGUUGGGAGGAGAUGGGACUGCGGAGGAGAAGCAUAAGAGAGAGUCCUUGAGGAAGGAGGAGAAAAUGUUUUCCCAAAGUUAAUUGAAGAAAUUGUAUUAUUUUAUUGUAUUUUAUUGUACUGCAAAGAUUUUGGAAAAGGAAAAUUGUGAAGUAGAUGUAGACUGUAGAAUGAAGAGAUGAAGGGGAAGCGAAAUGGAGGGAUGUUAGCCGAA